AUGGCAUCGCUAACAAUUGCAGAUGUGAACGCCUUAAACGAUGAACAGUACGAGACGAUAUUCGGGAAUGUUAUUGAGCACUGUAAGAGAGCCGCGGUGAAGAUAAAAGAAUUGAGACCGUUCAACAACGUCGACGAAAUCUGCGAGGCGUUCGAGAAAUAUUUGGACAGCGCCGAUGUAGAAGAGAAACUUGCGGUGUUAAAGUCGCAUCCAGAUCUAGCAGGCCGAUUGGCUCAACAAGGUGAACUGACACCGGAGUCAACAGCCGAACAACGUAGCGCAGGCUUAAAUAGUCUUAACGAGGAAGAAAAGAAUUUAAUGGACUCUAGAAACAAACGGUAUAAAUCUAAGUUUGGAUUUCCAUUUAUAAUUUGCGCGAGGGAAAACAAAGUGCAGUCGAUAUUGGGAGGACUGGAUACUCGUUACAAGAAUACUUAUGAAGAGGAAAUUGAAAAUGGUAUUAAAGAAGUGAAGAAAAUAUUAAAAUUAAGAAUUCUGAACAUAGUGAAUCAA